UUAAAGUUAUAAAGAUCAAGGGUACACUGACUUUUUAAAGAUGCCGAACACCAGGUCGUCAUUGGCAUAGGCUAGCACUGAUUUUGUUACGCAGCAUUUUAUAUAUAAAGCCACCAGAAAGAUGAAGAAAUUCAACACACUUAUAUCUGCUAAAUUGCUUCAUGAUUUUAUGUCAGGGAAUCUGAAGAACGUUAGAGUUUUGGAUGCUUCAUGGCAUUUGCCAAAUUUAAAGAGGGAUGCCAAGAAGGAGUACGGGGAAAAGCAUAUAACUAAAGCUUCUUUUUUUGACAUUGACGAAUGUUCCGACAAGACAUCGCAAUUCGAUCAUACAUUUCCCCGUCAGUCUCACUUUGAAGAUUAUGUAGGUCAUCUUGGGAUAAAUAACAACACCCAUGUGGUUAUCUAUGAUAACAGUGAAGAUGGAUUCUUCUCUGCACCAAGAGCAUGGUGGACAUUCAAAACUUUUGGACACCAGUCCAUUUCUCUUCUUAAUGGAGGGUUCCCAAAAUGGUGUCUAGCAGGUUAUCCAACCACUUCAGAUGUUCCCUCCUUUGUAAAAGAAAAAUAUUCUGCUUCUUUAAAUAAAUCAAUGGUGAAGUCAUUUGAGGAUCUUGUCAGAAAUAUAGAGAAAAAAGAAUUCCAGGUCGUGGAUGCCAGAAGCGCUGCAAGGUUUUAUGCAACAGAUGCAGAACCAGGGAAAGGAAACCCAAGGGGACACAUUGUUGGAUCAGUAAACAUUCCCUACAAAAGUAUUAUUGAUCCCGAUACAAAGGACGUGAAGAAUCCUGAUGAUCUCAAGGCAAUGUUUGCUGAAGUGAAGAUUGAUUUAGAAAAGCCUAUUGUUGCCACCUGUGGAUCUGGUGUGACUGCCUGCUGCCUUGCCUUGGCUGGACACUUAUGUGGUAAAGAUAUAUCUGUGUAUGAUGGGUCUUGGUCUGAAUGGUCAGUACGAUCACAACCUCACCAACGAGUGUCUUCUACUGACAGGGAAGAGUGACCAUCCAUGCCAUCCAACUUGAACAUAUUAAGGAGUGACCUCUCUUACCAAAUCCCAUACAUACUUACUAAAUCCCAUACAUACUUACCAAAUCCCAUACAUACUUACCAAAUCCCAUACAUACUUACCAAAUCCCAUACAAAUCCCAUACAUACUUACUAAAUCCCAUACAAAUGUAGUAGUAACCUCAUUACUAUUCUGCAUGAAAUGAAGAGGAGUGAUUUUCCUUUCCAUACCACAUCUGCUCAAAAGUGAUCUCCAUUACUCUAUUAAAGGUGCAGACACCCAGGGGAGUUACUUUCCUCACCAAUCCACACUUGCUGUGUGGCAACCUCUGUCACCAUACCACACAUUGCUAGGGAGCGAUCUCCCACACCAUACCUCACAUGUUGAGGAACGACUUCCCUAACCAUACCACACAUUAAUGGGGAGCAUGUUGGGCAGUGAUCAACCUCACCAUAUCACACAUUGCUGGGGAGCAUGUUGGGCAGUGAUCAACCUCACCAUAUCACACAUUGCUGGGGAGCAUGUUGGGCAGUGAUCAACCUCACCAUAGGUGUACCACACAUGCUUGGUAGUGACCUUCGGCACCAUACCACACAUGCUUGGUAGUGACUUCCCUCACCAUACUUGUAGCACACAUGCUGGGGAGUCGCCUUCCUCACCAUACCCACACAUGUUGAGAAGUAAACUCCCUCAACAUACCUCAAAUGUUGGGGAUUGACCUUCCUCACCAUAACACACAAACUUGUUAGUGGUCUAUAUUGCCAAACUAUGUACACUGGGGAGUGACCUUCCUCACUAUAACUCACAAACUUGUUAGUGGUUUAUAUUGCCAAACUAUGUACACUGGGGAGUGACCUUCCUCACCAUAACACAUAAACUUGUUAGUGGUCUAUAUUGCCAAACUAUGUACACUGGGGAGUGACCAUCCUCACCAUACCAUAUACAAUGAGAAUUACAUCCCUUACUCAACCACAAGCAGUGGGGAAUGACCUUUCUUAUGAUACCACAUAUACGAAGCAGUGACCUCCCUGCCAUACCAGACAUACUGGAGAGGUACCUGCCUCACCAUACCACAGCUACUACAUGCUGACUUGAGAGUGUCCUCUCUUACAUAUUCCAUACUACAUACCCUGGUACACUUGGGAGUGACCUCCCUUGCCACUCGAAACACAUGGAGGUCAGAGAUAAAUGUUCUGCUGUGUGACAUGUUGAAGUAUUGACUGCAACUGCUGGGAAUGUGUCAUGUAUUUCAGUAUUGGUCAUGUGAUGGUUUAAGGAUUUUUGAAGAGGUGAUGUGGAGUAUUCAUUGAUUGCCCUUGGUCUGUUUUUUCUAUCUAGUUGAUAUACCAUUGUAUGACCUUAUUUCAAAGGCCCUUAAUUUAUUACCUAUGUCCUGAUAAUUGGAUUAUUUUCUCGUAUAUAUUUUUGAAGUAGUCUUAUCAUAGAAUUGAACGUUCGGACAAAUGGUUAAUAAUCAACAACUUUCUAAACUGAAUACAAAAACACUAAAACUUUUUUAACAAAUGAAAUGACUGAAUUAAAAUAUCACAGAUGAUCCUUUAAUACAUAAUACGAGUCUAUACUGUUUGACUCUUCUAGAUUUUGAAACAUGGAAUGCAGAUAUGGUCUGGUUGUUCUAUAGAUAGUAAAAUGGAGACCACAUGUUAUAUAUUGACCUAUGUGACCACCUCUUGUCUAAUCUGAAGAAAGGAAAAUCUAACAUAUGUAAAGCUGAAUCUUGACAUUGUUUCUCAAAAGGUUAUCUGAUACCUUAGUUGUCUUUUUAUCUGGUGUCCAUUGUUUUCUUUAUUCACCACAGUGCUGGAGUCAUGAGAAUUGGUUUGUAGCAUGCUGGCUGGAAAACUACAAAAUUGCUUUGAAAAAUAUGUUUUAAUGAAUGGCUUGAAAGUUGAAUUGAUAUUUGAAUGAAUUUUAAAGUGACUUACAUGGGAUUUUGCUGUAUUGAGUUGAGUUAUACUUGAGGUGUGUUUAUUAUUAUUAUUGCAUUCUUAAUGGCCCGUCAACACAUAAAAGGUCAUUAGGGCCAUCAACAAGUAUCUUGAGGUAUGUGAAUGAUACAGCCCUAAUAGGCCUGUGUUGUGAUUAAUAAUACUUAAUAUUUGUCUUAUAUAUUGCUUCAUUGAUAAUCUUAUUUGAUAUCAUAGGAACAAUGGGCAACAUUUGAAGUGUAUGAUAUCACUGUUUAUUUCUUUUUCAAUGAAAUAAAUUAUGGUGAUAGA